AUGUGGUACAGACGUAUCCUCUGUUUGUGUUACAUAACUCAUUUGUGCGGUGCUGCCUAUAAUGACAAGUUGAGACAAGUUUUUGCGUGGAAACAAAUUGAUUACGAUUUUGACGGCGUUUUCUAUCGUCAAGACACUAAUCUCCAAAGAACUCCGGACGGUGUAUACUUCGACGAUGACGUCGUGGAAAAGGAAAAGUUCUUUAUCCAGUACAAUAAUGUGCCCAUAGGCUUUGAGAGAUAUGGGGAGAAGGUGUUUGUAACUGUUCCUAGAAGAAGAUACGGGAUACCCUCAACUUUAAACUAUGUGCUGCUAUCUGAGACCAAGCCAGUAUUACGUCCGUAUCCAAACAUUAAGAGCGUAGAUGACCUUGUAUCAGUAUACAGACCACGGGUUGAUGUCUGCAGCAGGUUAUGGAUGGUAGAUACAGGACUUCUAGAAAUACCUGAAUCCAGAACACAAAUAAGGAAGCCGUCUAUAAUAGUGUACGAUCUACGGACAGACAAACGGAUCCUGAAAUAUGAACUGAGUGAUGCGGAUCUGGUGAACAACAGAACAUCGGGCGGUCUAACGUCGAUUACAGUCGACGUAAGUAAGGAUUCCUGUGGCGACGCGUAUGCUUACAUCAACGACUUGGCGACGGCUGGUCUCAUCGUCUUCUCGCUGAAGAAGCAGACCAGCUGGAGGAUACAGGAUCCAACCUUCAUGUUCGAUGAAGUGGCUCUGAACUUUACUGUUGCAGGUCUGGUCAUCAACUGGAGAGAUGGUCUUUUCAGUAUAGCUCUGUCUAAAGACAGGAAGACAGGAAGAACCACAGCAUACUAUCACCCGUUGGUUUCUACCAAGGAAUACGCAAUAGAUACCGGCUUUCUGAAGAAUAACAGCUUCGCUGGAAAUAAUGUGGUAUUAGGAGAUCGAGGGUUUAACACGCAGAGCGGUUCACACGGCCUUCAUCAACGAACAGGAAUCAUGUUCUUUGCUAACGUGGCUCAGGACGCCAUCUUGUGUUGGAAUGUUCGCCACAAAAUGGCGCCGGAGAAUGUCGCUAUAGCAGCGCAGGACCACGAAAAAUUAGUUUAUAUUUCUGAUUUGAAAGUUAUUGGUGACGAGGUUUGGGUGCUGGCCAAUCAAAUACCAAGAUUUGUUUUAUCCAAACUAAACGUUAACGAAAUGAACUAUUACAUACACAGGUACCAGUAUUUGUUUAAUUUUAAUUUAACGCACGUUUUCACGCAGAAUUAAGAGAGGAUUUGUUUUUAAGGAGGGCUUUAUCAACGCUCUUAAGAAGCAGAUAUUUGAUUUACAAUAAUUUAAAAUCCACCAUCAGAUCUAAUCGGCUAGUGUGUCUUGAAAAAAAAGUAUGUGUGUAUGUUUGCACGCCAGAAGUUAUACUUCUUUGGCCUAACAAAGUAAAAAUCCUAAAAAUUUUUAUUCCUCGUGCUAUUCUACGUUUGUAGAAAGAACAAUUUUGUAAAAAUCUUAAAUCUUAGUAAAUAACGAAUACGGCUGUAUGGGCUUGAACCCUAUAAAAAAAAACCCAGUAUUUCGUACUCUUGGCAACUGUAAGUUUAAGAAAAUAUUACGCGGUCCUUCCGCAGUCGUUGACCCGCAUCGUCGUAUCGAGUCUCAGCCAUGCCCGUGUCUAUGCGUACCUAUCCAAUCUUUCAAGAUCUAAGUUCGAGCGAUUUUUGCCUAAAGUGUUGGGAAAACCUCGCCUUAAUAUAUGCUUGCUAUAUCGAACUAUAAAGUUGUGUAGGAUGUCAUUUGUUGAAGUUAUUUCUUGUUUUGGGUUUUAAUGCCACAGAAUACAGACUUAGUAAUGGUAACAGAAGUCCCACUGAGAAACACUUUUUAAUGAAAUAGCUACCUUAAAUGAUUUAUUUUAAUAACUAUAAUCAUCAUCAGCCGGAAGACGUCCACUGCUGGACAAAGGCCUCUCCCAAAGAUCUCCACUACGAUCGGUCCUGCGCUGCCCUCAUCCACGCGUUCCGGCGAUCUUGACCAGAUCGUCGGUCCAUCUUGUGGAUGGUGAAGACUUUUCUGCCCACUGCUACUUCGAUUUCGCAAUCAUUUGAGCUAUGUCGGUAACUUUGGUUCUCCUACGAAUCUCCUCUUUUCUGAUUCGAUUUCUCAAGGAAACUCAGAGCCUAGCCCUCUCAAUUGCCCUAAUAACUAAAAUCUAAUCCAUUCAAAUCGUAGGAUUUUAAUAGACAUCAUACAUGUAUUUGAAUUUAUUUCAUUGUGUCAUUGGUGCAUUAUCCAUGGAAUUGAAUUUGAAUAGCAUUGCGUUCACUAUAUAUCUGUUCAGAAAAUGCAUGCUCUAUAUGUAAUUUCGACUUUCUCAUUUUCACCAUAUGCGUAGAUCAGUUGGCUGAACUAAUGAUAGUACCGUUAUUAUUUCUUGAUAAAAUAUGUAGAUUUCUUUUUUCAGAGCUAACGUUAAAGACUUAAUAAGAGGUACGGUGUGUGAACAAACCAAUGGAACUUAAAAUGACAAUAUAUAUGGUUCUGAUCGACAAAAAGAUUAUCUGCUUUGAACCAAGGACUCAUGCGUUUAAUACUUCGUUUACAGUCAGCCCCUUCAAAUAUUUUUAUACAAAAUAGCAUAUAAUAUCACUUAUUGAAAGUUAAAAACUACCACCCGUUCGAAAAAGUAUGCCUCAGACCUGAGAAGGACGGGUGCAAGCAACUCAACGGGCUUCUUUUAUUGUCAAAAUAAUGUGGCUACAAUGUAACAUCGUACAAUAAUACUUACUAUUAGCCUGAGGGCGGUCGCUCUAUUACCAAUCUGUUAUAUCAUUAAGAAGGCCAUUCUCAUGUUAGUUAACACACAAUAUAUGUUUUUUUACAAUACUUUUGAAUUUCGUAAUACAUAUUUUAAUUUGAAUAUUUUCUGGGAGCAUGUUUGUAAAAGCAUGCAGGUCGCCUCACAAAAGACUUACUAACUCGACUUAGCCGAGUAGUAGAUUUAAUUAUGGUUAUAACAGUUUCUCGUUUGCGAGAAAGCAUUCCGAAGCAUUGCGACGGCAGUGAACAGUUUUAUAGCAAGAUUCGUUCAAUGAAUGAAGACGAAUAAUAAUAAAAUUAUCAAAAAUGAA